AUGGUGGGUUUAGUAGCAACAUUAAAAUGCGAGAACGAGGUUCACUUGGUUGUGGGAAGUUCACCCAUGUCAGCCUUUCGCAUCCGUACAAUCCUUGAAGCCGGUGCUCUUCCCAUAGUGCUAAUAACCAAUGAUCAUGAUAUUAGUCCGGCACUUCGAGAAUAUGUUGAGAACAAUAAAAUCCGUCUUCUUAAACAGGAAUUUACCAAAGAAGUCUUAACCACAGUUGGAAGGAAAGAAACUAACCAUGUGGUGGAUAAGGUGUUUGUUAACAUCAAUGACAAAGAGUUACAACAGACCAUUUUUACCGAAUGCAGAAGACUUAGAAUCCCAAUAAAUACUAGUGAUAACUCUCAAUUAAGUACAUUUACUUUGAUGUCCACUUAUACUAGCGGUGACUUCCAAUUAGGUGUCACUACCAAUGGGAAGGGAUGCAAAUUGGCAGCUCGUUUAAGAAGAGAACUCUCUCAACAUGUACCUACAAACAUUGAUAAGAUCUGUUCUAAUGUUGGAGAGUUAAGGAAGCUUAUAAAGUUAGAAGAUAAAUUAGACGACUCAAAAGAUAGCGAGAUCGGUGAAAAUGAUGAUGAUGCAGUGAACACUUCAAAAUUAAACUCUUUAGUGAAAGAAUUCCUGAUGACAGCAGAAGAGAAGAAACUAAGAAGAUCUCGUUGGUUAUCUCAAAUCGUGGAAUACUAUCCUCUUGAAAAGUUAGCAACACUAAACAUGGAAGAAUUAUCUCAUGAAUAUUCAAUAAGAUCACCAACCCCAGAACCUCAAGCUGAACCUGCACAAGUGGAAACAGAAGAGGACAAAAGGCCAAAGGGCUCAAUAUCGCUUAUAGGGGCUGGGCCUGGUUCGGUAUCAUUAUUAACAAUUGGUGCUCUACAUGCUAUUCAAAAUGCUGAUUUGGUAUUGGCUGAUAAGCUUGUACCUCAGGCAGUAUUAGAUUUGAUCCCCAAACACCGCACUCAACUUUUCAUCGCAAAGAAGUUCCCUGGAAAUGCGGAAAGGGCUCAAGAAGAACUUUUAGCUUUGGGUUUAGAAGCAGUUUUACGUGGUGACAAUGUGGUGAGAUUGAAGCAAGGUGAUCCUUACAUUUUUGGAAGAGGUGGAGAGGAAUUUCUAUUCUUUGAGCUGCAUGGAUUCACCCCCAGAGUGAUACCAGGUAUAUCAUCAGCCCUUGCUGCUCCAGUGCUUAGUCAUGUACCAAUGACCCAACGUGAUGUAGCUGACCAAGUUUUAGUGUGCACGGGUACAGGAAGAAAGGGAGCUUUACCGGAUUUACCAGCGUUUAAUCCUAAAAGAACAACAGUAUUUCUCAUGGCAUUGCAUAGAAUUGUGGAAUUAAUACCUAAAAUGAUAGAUGAAGCAGGAUGGGCUCCCCAAUUACCAUGUUGUAUUGUGGAAAGAGCUCUGUGUCCUGACCAACGUGUGAUACGCACGUCGUUGGCUAAGGUAGCAGAUGCAGUUCAGGCAUGUGGAUCAAGACCUCCAGGAUUAUUGAUUACUGGUAAUGCUUGUGGUGUUCUUAGGGAACAUUCAGGUUCAGAGUGGACAAUAGAGGAGGGUUAUUUCGACACUCUUGGGUCUUUAGCUAAUAAUGUUCAUUUCUAG